AUUCAGUUGAUUCCUAAAUUGACACACCCACUAAGUUUUAACUUAUUCUUUUGGCAUGAGGCGAUUAUUGUUGAUAUCCAAUUCAACAUUAUAUGAUGGAGGAUAUCUAGGACAUUGCAAAGAACAGAUAAAACAAUUUCUCUCUGACAAAGUUAAAACUGUGUUGUUUGUUCCCUAUGCACUUCAUGACAGAGAUUGGUAUGCUGGAAAGGCUAAGGAAGCAUUCACAUCUUUUGGAUAUGAUGUACAAAGUAUUCAUCAACAGCCAGAUGCUUUAGGAGCAGUGAAUCAAGCUCAAGCGAUAUUUAUUGGUGGGGGUAAUACAUUCCGACUUUUGAAGACACUUUAUGAUGAAAAAAUUGUAGAAGCAAUCAGAAAACGAGUUUUAGAGGAUGGAAUACCAUAUAUAGGAUCCAGCGCUGGAAGUAAUGUAGCAACAGACAGCAUCAAGACAACAAAUGAUAUGCCAAUAGUUUAUCCACCAUCAUUUGAUGCCCUCAAACUGGUACCCUUCAACAUCAAUCCACACUACAUGGAACCAGAUGCUAAUAAUACACAUAUGGGUGAGACUAGAGAACAAAGAAUUAAACAGUUCCAUGAAUAUGAAGAUUCUCCUCCAGUUUUGGGGUUACGGGAAGGAUGCAUGUUACUUGUAGAGGAUAAAAAAGCUACACUGCUGGGAAAAACAGAUGCCAAACUUUUUGUCAGAGGAAAAGAUCCAGUGGAGUAUAAAGUUGGAUCAGAUUUGUCAUUUCUGUUACAGUCUCCAUUGUUAUGUUAAACAAGAUGACUCUGUUAAAUUAGGUUCAGAAAAUCUAGGCAUGUUUGUUAUUAAAUAAAAUAUGAUAUUGGA